AUUGGAGCGACGAACAAUCUGAGGCCAUGAAAAAUACGCUCGCUCGAGUUUUGCCACUUAUUCGUUAUUUUGAAAUUUCGUCAGAGCAAUUCAGUAAAUUUGUUUUACCUUAUCAACAAAUCCUCCCAAAUCAUUUAGCUCAUAGUAUUAUCCGUUAUCACCUAGCUCCUAAUCAACCUCUUGCGGAAAAUAUUAUGCCAGCACGACGAGGAAAUAUCGAUUCAAAAAUAAUCUCUUCUAAAAAAGCAGCCCUUAUCGCGAGUUGGAUUGACCGAAAUCGUGAAUUACCGGCUUUCGGAUGGCGUCCUUAUGCUGCAUCUGAAAAUCCGUAUGAAUUCAAACUUUUGAUGAGAGGCAGUCAAGAUGGGUUUACUAGUCAAGUUUUUCACACUCGUUGUCAUAACAAAGGAGCAACAGUUACAAUAGCCAAAGUUAAAGAUACCCAUGAAAUACUUGGUGGUUACAACCCCUUGAAUUGGCUUGGUAAUAGUCAGUGGAUUUCUACAACAGAUAGUUGUAUUUUCUCGUUUGUUGAUAGAAACGCAGUCGUUAGUCGCGUAAAGAAUGGAAAUCAGGCCAAUGCUAUUUAUGGCUGUCCCAGUAAUGGACCUCGUUUCGGUACCGAUCUUUAUUUCAAUGGGAAUUUUAAUCAGUCGACUUGCUACGCUCAUAUCACUUAUUAUGAACUUGCCUUGAGACCAACUGCAAGCUCAAAUAAUUUUUCAGCAGAUGAGUUUGAAGUCUUUCAAAUUAUCAAAAAGCAGCAAACAGCUAAUUAG